GGGAAAGCGCGUCCCCGCCGCGGCUCCGCCAGUUUGAACUUGGCGGGCCAGAUGUGGGCGGCGGGGCGCUGGGGGCCUACUUUUCCCUCUUACUACGCCGGUUUCUCUGCUGACUGCAGACCCAGGUCUCGGCCCUCCUCGGGCUCCUUCUCAGUCCCUAUGAUGGGCGCACGUGGGCAGGGGCUGGAGGUGGUGCGCUCGCCGUCGCCGCCGCUGCCGCUGAGCUGCAGCAAUUCCACCAGGUCGCUGUUGUCUCCCCUUGGCCACCAGAGCUUCCAGUUUGACGAGGACGACGGUGACGGGGAGGAUGAGGAAGACGUGGAUGAAGAUGCCCAUGAUUCAGAGGCCAAAGUGGCCAGCCUGAGAGGAAUGGAGUUACAGGGGUGCGCCAGCACUCAGGUUGAAUCAGAAAAUAACCAAGAAGAACAGAAACAGGUGCGCUUACCAGAAAGCCGCCUGACACCAUGGGAGGUGUGGUUUAUUGGCAAAGAAAAAGAAGAACGUGACCGGCUGCAAUUGAAAGCUCUAGAGAAAAGAAAAGAAAGAGAACAAAAAAUUAAUAAAGAAUUGGAGGAAAAAGCAGCAAAGGAACUGGAGAAAGAAUACUUGCAAGAAAAAGCAAAAGAAAAAUAUCAAGAAUGGUUAAAGAAAAAAAAUGCUGAAGAAUGUGAGAGGAAGAAGAAAGAAAAGGAAAAAGAAAAACAACAGCAAGCUGAAAUACAGGAGAAAAAGGAAAUAGCAGAAAAAAAGUUUCAAGAAUGGUUGGAAAAUGCGAAACAUAAACCUCGUCCAGCUGCAAAGAGCUAUGGUUAUGCCAAUGGAAAACUUACAGGUUUUUACAGUGGAAAUUCCUAUCCAGAACCAGCGUUUUAUAAUCCAAUUCCGUGGAAACCAAUUCAUAUGCCACCUCCCAAAGAAGCUAAGGAUCUAUCAGGAAGGAAGAGUAAAAGACCUGUGAUAAGUCAGCCACACAAGUCAUCAUCUCUGGGUCUCCCUCUGGCUCUGUUGCCCAGGCUGGAGUGUAAUGGCAUGAUCAUAGCUUACUGUAACCUUGAACUCGUGGGCUCAAAUGAUCCUCUUACCUCAGCCUCCUGAGUAGCUGGAAUCACAGGAGCAUGCCACCAGAUUCCAAGGAUAGGUGAUAUGACAGCUUUUGAACAUCAAAGGGACUUUCAGAUGCUUGUAUAUAUUGACACAUUACUACAGUUACAAAGGAAAUUUCUAAAAUCCUGGUCAUUUGUAAAGAAAAUAUUUAACAUUCUAUGGGAAAAUAUACUUUGAGGUUUGAUGACAAACAUAGGCCAUCUGUGGCCUCAGAGUAAUACAGACGGGGCUUCUUAUUUUGAAAAUAAAUUGCUAAUGAUCUAAUUAGCAAUUCAAAGCUUAUUCUUUCAUGGACUUGCUUAUUAUGAUACCUAAGGCCUAGGUGAAUCAAGAAUACAGUAGUUAUGUUACACUAACAAAUUACACUGUGAUUUAAAUGUAAUACCUCAAACUAUAACAGUCCUAGAAGAAAACCUCAGAAACACCAUUGUGGAUAUCAACGUUGAGAAAGAAUUUAUGACUAAGUCCUCAAAAACAAUUGCAACAAAAACAAAAAUUGACAGAUGGGACCUAAUUAAACGAAAGAGCUUCUGCACAGCAAAUGAAACUAUCAACAGAGUUAAAUAGACAACCUACAGAAUGGGAGAAAAUAUUUGCAAAUUGUGCAUCCAGCAAAGGUCUAAUAUCCAGAAUCUGUAAGUAACUGAAACAAUUGAACAAGUAAAAAAAAAAAAAAACAAUUAAAAAGUGAGCAAAGGUUAUGAACAGACACUUCUCAAAACAAGACAUACAAGUGGCCAAGAAACAUGAAAAAUGCUCAUCAUGACUAAUCAUCACAGAAACGCAAAUCAAAACCACAAUGAGAUACAAUUCUCACACCAGUCAGAAUGGUUAUUAUUAAAAAGUCAAAAAACAACAGGUGUUGGUGAGGCUGUGGAGCAAAGGGAAUGCUUAUACACGUUGGUGGGAAUGUAAAUUAGUUCAGCCAUUGUGGAAAGUAGCUUGGAGAUUUCUCAAAGAACUUAAGGCAAACUACCGUUUGAACCAGCAAUCCCAUUACUGGAUAUAUACUCAAAAGAAAACAAAUUGUUCUACCAAAAAGACACAUGCAUGUGUAUAUGUUCAUCACAGCACUAUUCACAAUAGCAAAGACAUGGAAUCAACCUAGGUGCCCAUCAGCAGUGGAUUGGAUAAAGAAGAUGUGGUGCAUAUACACCAUGUAAUACUACACAACCAUAAAAAUGAACAAAGUCAUGUCCUAUGCAGCAACAUGGAUGAAGCUGGAGGCCAUUAUCUUAAGUGAAUGAAUACAGGAACAGAAAACCAAAUACUGCGUGUUCUCACUUAUAAGUGGGAGCUAAACAUUGAGUGCUCAUGGACAUAAAGAUGGGAACAGUAGACACUGGGGAUGACUAGAGGGGGAAGGGAGGGAGAGGG